AAACUUCGCACAGUCGUGCUGUCACCAGCAAUCGACUGAUAAAUUUCUGUCUUUUCGAGUCCUUCUGGGUUUAAACACCCCCCUCAAUUACGAUGCGAGGGAUUGGAGCUUUUUUAACGCAGGAUGCACCCGGCACUUGGGCUCAUGACGCAAGUACUUCCGGCACGGACGUUGGGGACAAGGAUGUGGCGUUGGACUUUGUUGGAGAACAUAGCCAGCCCGUUGACCCUGAGCUGGAAAAGAGAGUGGUGACCAAGAUUGAUUUGUUCUUAAUGCCUGCUAUGAUAAUUGGCUAUGGUCUUGUCUAUUACGACAAAGCAAUCCUUGGUAGUGCAGUCUUGUUUGGCAUGACUUCAGAUCUCCAUCUCAGCGUCGUAGAUCGCUCUGUCACACCACCUACCACGGAUACCUCGAGGUUAAGCUGGGCGACGUCGCUCUUCUACUUUGGCAUGCUGGCUGGUCUGUACCCCAUGACGUUCGCCCUCCAACGCUUUAACCUCGCUCGUGUGCUUGGGCCUGUCGUAAUAUUGUGGGGAGCAGUCUGUAUGUUGACUGCAGCUGUCACGACAUGGAGGGGGCUCUACGCGCAACGAUUCUUCCUAGGCUUCGUGGAGUCCAUUAUCCCCACCGGCUUCAUGUGCAUUGUCAGCGGCUUCUAUACUCAGCGUGAGCAGACACUACGCCAAUCUUGGUGGUUUUCUUCGACAGGACUAUGGACCAUCAUUGGCGGUGCUCUCAACUGGGGAUUUGGAAACAUCGAAGGGGGAUCAUUGAAGCGCUGGCAGUACAUUUAUCUACUUGCCGGGGCCUUGACAAUCCUGUUCGGUAUCUGGUGCUUCUUCAUCCCAGACUCUCCUGCCUCUGCGUGGUUCUUGGGAGAAGAGGAGCGCAUCGUGGCCGUAGAGAGGUUGCGUAGCUCGCAGACAGGAGUUAGAUGUCAUACGCUGAAGAAGGCUCAAGUGAUCGAGGCUGCAUUGGACAUCAAGAUGUGGUUGAUCUUCGUCAUGAUGGCCUCUGCAUAUACAGUCAAUGGAGCUGUCAGUGGCUUUGGCCCAUUGAUAGUAUCAACUUUUGGCUGGAAAACCCUGGACUCAAUACUCUUUCAAUUUCCACUAGGCGGGUUCUGCUUCGUUCUAAUCAUCCUGACAGGAUAUCUUAGCUUUAGAAUCCCUAACAUUCGAAUCAUCAUGCUGAUUUUUUGCUGUUUUCCAGUUAUCGCGGGCUGCGCCAUUAUAUGGCGAAGCUCCUGGACCUUCCAUGCUCCAGCGCCGGUUGCUGGUUACAGCAUUAUUGGUGCUUUUGGCGCAGUGGUGAGCUUGAUCAUCAGUCUCGGUAUGGCAAAUGUGGCAGGACAGACGAAGAAAAGCUGUAUGGCAGCUACAAUCUUUGUCGCUUACUGUGUGGGAAAUAUAGUCGGCCCUCAACUUAUAAAGAGCCAGACUAAAAAUCGACAUUAUCCUGAAUUGUGGCUUGGGCUAAUAAUAUGUUACUGUAUCACAAUCACCUCUUCGUCAGCCCUCUACGUUGUGUUGAGUAGAGAGAAUGCGCGACGAGACCAAAGGCUUGAUGUCAAUGAGAACGAAAAGGACAGGCUUGCAUUCCAGGAUCUAACUGAUAGACAAAAUCCUUUCUUUCGAUAUGUGCUCUGAAAGGAUCAUGUGUUGAAGCAACCACGGUGUGUGGGUAGGUCGGAGAGACUUGAAUGAAAGUGGAAAAAUGAAAUGAAACUGCCCCGACCCAAAGCAAUAUCCGCCCUCGGCAACACAGCGGGUCCAUAGUAGGCAGAAUUUGGAAAAGUCUGAAGAGGUUGACAGCGAUGUCUCACCACAUAUGUUCCUAUGUAUUGCCGUCUUAACAUCUCUAAGCUAAGCUAGCUUUCUCAUUCACGCGGCUUGAGUAACAUCGUCAAAACGUCAUGUUCACAGAGUCAAAACUUUGUGAGCAUCGUAAACGUGGCUUGUUUUUGAACAAUUUAGCAACAACUCAUUGCUCAACUCUGGUAGCCAGACCAUAACAAUCUUGCUCAGGGGGUUC